AUGGUUGGUAAGGAGAUCAAGAAAGAAGAGUGCAGCCACGGUAUCGCCAGUGACGUGACGGUACUCAUCCUGUCACGGCUACCGUUGCGCGACGUCGCGCGGUGCAGUGCGGUAUCCCGUGCGUGGCGGGAGCUUACCGCCGUGCCGUUCAUUCGUCGAGCGUCGGCGUCGCGUGAAACAGCCUGGCUCGUGCUGCACAACCGUGGGCAGGAGAGGCCCAGCGGUGCGAAAGAGCACCUGGCGGCGUACAGCGCGGCAUGCCGUCAGUGGUUCUCUCUGGGCUCUGUCUCGGGCUUUCUUGGAAAGAAAUGCCAGUCGCGGUGGACCGGUCCCUGUCUUGCCGCCAGCGCACACGGGCUGCUGUGCUGCGUCUUCAGCGCGUCGCUCACAAUGCCCCCCAUGCUGGCGGUAUUCGACCCCCUGACGCCCGCGUCACUCCGCGGUACCGCGCGGCGCAUUUUGUCGGUCGAUGAAGGGUUUUCUUCCAUUGAGGCUCUCGCGAUGUGGAAGAAGAGCGAUGGUGGCUAUGGGAUCGUCUUGGCAGGACCGAUUUCUCUGUGGGGAUCCAACUGGGGUGUUUGCCUGUUCGACCUAGCAGAUGCCAAACUAUCCAAGGCGAGAAGAUCAGUGGCGAGCGUGGAUGCGAUCACUGGGCGAGGAUUUUUGAGCUUGCUGUGCUCGGCGCUACGCGGGGAUGGGAGUGGUCUCUUUUGCAUCUGGGGGGUGAGCUCCACGCCUCAAAUCCUCGCUCAAUUCGACAUCCAGGACAAUCUUUGGCGGAUCGUCCACGGUUUCUUCCCGGAUUCCAUCUCCUGGCAGAACGCCGCGAUCACGGCUUCCAACCAGCGCCGAUUCACGGCCCAGGUUCAUCCAAAUCUCCUAGUUUUUAGAGAAAGAUUGCUACUUCUCGUCUUGCGCGAGUCGACCGCGAUCUUUGGACUGCAAAUCUGGGAGCUGGAUCCGAGCUCCCGGGGCUGGAUCGAGCUGCGAUCCAUGCCCGAGGAGCUGGGAAUGGAGAUUUGCAGAGCAAUUCAUAAGAGUAGCUCCGCUUACGAUUGCUGGCUCCACAUUCGCGCUGUGGGCAGCGAGGAUCUUGUCUAUCUCGUGAUGGAUUGGGGGUGGAAAUCUAGGGUUCUUGUCCACGAGCUGGGCAGUGGAGCUUGGCGAUGGCUUCCAACCGACGGCUUUAGCUGUAGAAUCGAUGGCUGUGUUUUUCCAUUCCAGCCAAACCCUAGUUUUUAA